AUGUCUGCGACGGUGAGCGAUGCCAAGUCCUCGCCGAAGCUAGCAGACCAGCAGCAUGGCGAGAAGGAAGCGAUAGUCCCAGCCAAAGGAGGGAACUACAAGGGAUUCGUUGCGGGUGUCUUUUCAGGCAUUGCAAAGCUUUCGGUGGGACAUCCAUUCGAUACCAUCAAAGUUCGCCUGCAGACAUCGGACCACUCCCAAUUCAAAGGACCCCUGGACUGCCUGCUCCAGACACUUCGGAAAGAAGGCGUCAAUGGCAUAUACAAGGGCGCCACGCCUCCUCUCAUCGGAUGGAUGUGCAUGGACUCCCUCAUGUUGGGCUCCCUGACAUUGUACCGCCGACUUCUCAACGAGCAUGUCUUCCAACCACUGCGAGCUCGACCGAACCACCCAGCAAUCUGGAUGAGCGAUGACGAGAGGAAGAAGCUACCAGCAGUCGGACAUGCCAUCGCGGGAACUCUUGCUGGGUGGACUGUCUCAUUCAUCGCCGCGCCUGUCGAACAUGUGAAGGCUCGCCUCCAAGUACAGUACCAGGCCGACAAAUCCAAGCGAUUAUACUCUGGACCAGUCGACUGUGCCCGGAAGAUACUCAAAGGCCAUGGCAUCUCAGGCCUGUAUCACGGCCUCUUCGCAACCCUCAUCUUCAGGACUUUCUUCUUCGCCUGGUGGGGAACCUACGACAUCUUCACACGCUGGUUCCAGAAGAACACCAACCUCAGCGCGCCGGCCAUCAACUUCUGGGCGGGAGGUCUGUCUGCGCAGGUCUUCUGGUUAACUUCAUAUCCUAGCGAUGUGAUAAAACAGCGUCUUAUGACCGAUCCCUUAGGGCCAGAUCGAAAGUUUCCCCACUGGCGAGAUGCAGCGGUUACCGUCUACCGAGAAUCAGGUCUCAAGGGUUACUGGCGAGGCUUCGUGCCGUGUUUCUUGCGCGCUUUCCCUGCGAAUGCGGUGGCGCUUGUGGCAUUUGAGGGAGUUAUGAGAGCGCUGAAUUGA